GUAGGGCAUGGAUCCUACUUGGUCAGGGGAUACAGUGCGAUGAACAUGAAGGUAGAGCGAAUUGCAAACACUCUCAAGAGAGCCAAGCAGAUAACAGCCUUCCCCUCCAUCCUGAAAUUUCACUCCUUCGCCCAGGGCUGUGAGGCAAAACCUCUGAAACUUCGGGCCAAAGGGAACUGCAGACUUUGUAAGUCUGUCUUCAUCAGUGUCAUCUAUUGGACAGUGGCAUAGCCCGCCAUGUCGCCCUUUCUUCGCAUUGGAUUAUCCAACUUCGACAGCGGCCCGUACCUGCCUUCCCAAGGGGACGUGAUUGAUCCAUAUUGCGCCGUGAUAGUCAAAGAAGCAAUGGAGUCUGAGAAUGGCCAAGUCUAUAUCCAGAAGAAGCCCACAAUGUACCCGCCUUGGAACAGCACGUUCGAUGCCCACAUCCAUAAGGGGCGCGUCAUGCACAUCAUUGUGAAGGACAAGAGCGCGGAGAUGGUUUCGGAAACAACAGUUGAACUCAACUUGGUUGCAGACAAGUGCAAAAAGAAGAACGGAAAAACAGAAAUUUGGCUAGAACUGAAGCCCCAGGGCAGAAUGUUAAUGAAUGCAAGAUACUUCCUGGAAACCACUGAUGAUCCAGAAUUUGUCGACAGUGAAAAGGAAGGUUUUUUCUCUCUGCAUCAGCGCAGAGGGGCCAUCAAGCAAGCCAAGAUCCACAAUGUCAAGUGUCACGAGUUCACAGCCACCUUCUUUCCCCAGCCCACAUUCUGUUCGGUUUGCCACGAGUUUGUCUGGGGUCUUAACAAGCAAGGCUAUCAGUGCAGAGAAUGCAAUGCCGCAAUUCACAAGAAGUGCAUCGACAAAGUAAUUGCAAAAUGUACAGGAUCAGCCAUCAAUAGUAGAGAAACCAUGUUCAACAAGGAGAGGUUUAAGAUUGACAUGCCCCAUCGGUUUAAGGUCUACAAUUACAAAAGCCCCACGUUCUGCGAUCACUGCGGCACACUCCUCUGGGGUCUUACGCGGCAGGGCUUGAAAUGUGACGCCUGUGCCAUGAACGUCCACCACAAGUGCCAAACCAAAGUGGCAAACCUCUGUGGCAUAAACCAGAAGCUCAUGGCUGAAGCACUGGCACUGAUCGAGAGCAGGCAACAGGCUCGAAGUCUACGUGAGUCAGAGAAGAUCUUGAGGGAAGGGCCGGUUGAAAUAGUCUUCCCUGACAAAGACUCGGUGCCCACCCCUUCCGUACCGGAGCCCCCAGCAGGGAAAAAAGAGCCUCAGGGCGUUUCCUGGGAAUCCCCUGCGGAAAACGUAACAUGUCCUGAUUCUGCCGUGGAACUGGAGCCAAGGAAAGACCUCCAACCAGAGCUGCCGAAAUUUACCAUAUAUGAUUUUCUCUUGCACAAAAUGUUGGGGAAAGGAAGCUUUGGCAAGGUCUUCCUUGUCGAGCUGAAGGCCACCAACCAGUUUUUCGCCAUGAAAGCUUUGAAGAAAGAGGUGGUGCUGAUGGACGACGACGUUGAGUGUACCAUGGUGGAAAAGCGGGUCCUUUCGCUAGCUUGGAGCCACCCGUUCCUCACUCACGUCUUUUGUACGUUCCAGACUAAGGAAAACCUCUUUUUUAUCAUGGAAUAUCUCAAUGGGGGAGACCUGAUGUUCCAUAUCCAGAUGUGCCACAAGUUUGACAUCGGCAGAGCAAGGUUCUAUGCUGCUGAAAUCAUUUGUGGCUUGCAGUUCCUUCAUUCCCAAGGAAUCGUAUACAGAGACCUAAAGCUUGAUAAUGUUCUCCUAGACAAGGAAGGGCACAUCAAGAUUGCCGAUUUUGGGAUGUGCAAAGAGAACAUGUUCGGGGAUGCCAAGACAACCACUUUCUGUGGAACCCCUGACUAUAUUGCACCGGAGAUCCUGCUGGGGCAGAAAUACAACACUUCAGUUGACUGGUGGUCCUUUGGCGUCCUUCUGUACGAGAUGUUGAUUGGCCAGUCUCCCUUCCACGGCCAGGACGAAGAGGAGCUCUUCCAGUCCAUCCGCAUGGACAGUCCUUUCUAUCCUCGCUGGCUUGACAGGGAUGCGAGAGACCUCUUAGUGAAGCUUUUUGUAAGAGAACCGGAGCGGAGGAUGGGCGCUAAAGGGAACAUCCGCCAACAUGUGUUUUUCCAAGAAAUCAACUGGGAAGCACUGGAAACAAAAGCCAUGGAACCACCUUUUAAGCCCAACGUGAAAUCCCCAGGCGAUUGCAGCAACUUUGACAAGGAAUUUCUGAACGAGAAACCCCGGCUCUCCUAUGGAGACCGAGCCCUCAUAAACAGCAUGGACCAAAACAUGUUCCGCAGUUUUUCCUUCACCAACCCCAUCAUGGAGAAGUUGCUCUCCUGAGAGAAAAUGCCCUGAGAAUGUGAAGAUGGCUGAGAUGGCUUCAAAAAAAAAUGGCCCUCCACUCUCCACAGCCAGGUGAAGUCACACUUCUCUUCUGCUUACGGAGGCGGUGGCGUGGAUACAAAGAUGCCCUUUUCCUAGUGGAAAACCCCUUCUGUUCACAGAAGGGCUGCUCCCAACCUAGUCGAAGAGUGUUGCAUGUGGAAGGGGACCCCAAUGACCAGGGAAGUUCUUCAGUUUGCACAAGCUCUUGGACAAGACUUUGUACAAGUUCAGAGUCAGGACUGGAGGUUGGCAUGAUUGGGCACUUGCUAAGGCCCACACCACAAUAGGGGGCCCACAGCAAGAGCCUCCCAGCCCUGCCCUGCUGCUCCUUCUAUUCACCUGCCCUCUCUGAGUGAGCAAGCAAUGAGACAGCAAAAAAAAAAAAAGAGCAAGAUCCUCGCACGUGUAGCCCUAAUCACUGCCUUUCAGAGUUAGGACCAUCCCAAGGAAUUUUGCUGCCUGAGGCCAAGAUGGCUCCUCCACUCCCCAUGUGGAAUCCAUCGACAGAAGCCAACCAGACUGGCUGUUGAACUUUACUUCAAUGCUAGUGAUAGGCCAGCAUCCUCUGUUGCACCUGAAGGCAUUAGACUAGCUUAGCAGGUGUAGGGCAGGCAGCAUGGCCCACACGGCUUAUCCUUCAACGUCUUCCACCAAGACAGUCUCCCCACAUGGCAUCUGUUGACUGAGGCAGCUGCCUCACUCUGCCCAAUGAUAGCACAAGUCCUGCUGGGAGGUGGUGAUUUCUUCCCAUAAGAGGUAGUGAAGGCCACCAAGCUGGAUGGCUUUAAAAGAGGAUUAGACAAAUUCACUAUCAAUGGUGACUAACCCUGAUGGCUGUGGUCAUCCUCUACUGUCAGUAUCUGAAUGCCAGUUGCUGGAAACUGCAGGAGGGGAGAGGUGCUCUUGCACUCAGGUCCUGCUUGUACGCUUCCCAAUGGGGCACCUGGUUGGCCACUGUGAGAAUGAGGUACUGGCCUAGAUGGGCCACUGGCCUGAUCCAGCAGCCAGGCUCUUCUUAUGUUAAAAUGUGAAUGGGCAGCAGGGAUGGGUGAGAAUUUCGAUUCAGUUCGCAUUUCAAGCAGAAUCUAUCAGUUUAUCAAUUAUCAGAAUUUUUGCAAUUUCCGAAACAACAUGAGAACCGAAACCCAGGAAUUCUUCAAAAUUCACAUUUAUUAGAAUUUUGGGAUACAGUUUGCCACCUAAACAACAUUUACAAAAAAUGCAUAUAUUAGGGGAAAGUGUGCAAAAAAUGAAUACUUGAGUGAAAAGAACAUGCAAAAAGGCAUGAUGAGAAAUGGCUUGCAAAAAUGUGUGCCUUUGUUAAAACUGCCUACCAAAAUGUGUUUGUUUGGAGAAAUUUGCACUAAAAUGGUGGAGAAUUUUCAUUUUUUCAAAAAAAAUUCACAGAUUGCUGCAGAAAUGUAGAGAACUGAAUUUAACCUUAGAAAAGUGAGAAACUGAGAGAACCGAAAUUGACAGAUCUUUCUUGGGGAGCGGCAACAGCAGUGGCAAGGAUGAGGAGGAACCACACAGAGAGGAUGGCCCACUGGCAGCAUCUUUCGUAAGGACCUUUCAAAACCUAGAACUGGAACUUCACAAGCUCUUUUUCAAGGAGACUGGAGUUUUUACACACAACAGCCUGGAUCUCCCUUCUUCAUCAGGUGUCACCUAUUGUUUCACAUACCGCAGCGCAACCCCUGAUGCUCUGCAGUCUGGGCUGACAGAAUAGCACUAAUGCAUCAUCUCCUUUUGCUCGUUGUUCUCUGGAUCCAAGCCAUUGUGGUUUGUUUCAGGCUGUCAGGAAAGAAACACUUAGAUGGGAAUGUCUGUUGCAGCUGCGGGUGGGGGCUUUUGCCUGGUUCCAACAUAAGAACAGCUUGCUGGAUCAGGCCAGUGGCCCAUAAGCCCAAACAUGGGGCUUAUUGCGUUAGUUUAAUGGAUUACAACGGCAUUGCUUUUGUCUCAAUUUCUAAAAUUCCCUUUCACACUCCAGUACCUGUUGCGCUAAGGAACUGUGGCUUUUUCGGUCGAUAUAUCAGCAUUUCACACAACUGUCUUUCACACUGCUGCAACGAACAGUGCCUUGUUGUCAUCCCUCACCUGUUAUGCACAUGCGUACUGUAGUUCCCCCAUAAUUCACUGCUUGAGUUAGUGUGUGGACAGCGGCGUCACUAGCGGGAGUGCAGGGGGGUGCGGACCUCCGGCGCAUGCCCUCCCAGGGGCAUGGACAGGGGUGGCUGGUCUCGUGCGUGCACGCUCUGCGCGCACACGCUCCAGGCUGGUGGUGGAAGGCCCGUCCAGGCUUCACCGCCAGCGAACGGGCACCUGCUUUCGGCGCGCACCAGACCGGGUGCCGGGGGGCAGCGGCAUCACUAGCGGGAGUCCGGGGGGGCGGCUCUGGGUGUCACCCCCUCAUGGUGUCACCCGGGUGCGAUCCACACACCCUGCACCCCGGUAGUGACGUCCCUGUGUGUGGACACAGGUGUGUGUAUGUGGGAAAAGGAGGAAGGGAAUACACUGGAAUACCGGUACAAUUUUCAUCACGCAAAAAAAAUUGUUGUGUGCCUAAAGAGUGGGAAUGCAUUGCAUGCUGGGAUGCCUGCCACGUGAACGGCUGCAGCUGGCACAAAGCUCCCACAAUCUUCCACGUUCCCAGACUUGCAAAUGGAUUAUUUCUGGUGUUUUCAUCAUGAAAAUUAGUGCUAAACUUCCACUAUAUUCCACUAGAUUUCUGGAACUAGCUUUUACAUCCCGUGAAAGGUCAAAUAUAAUGCGCAAAUUACCGGGUAAGAAAUCAUCAGAAAUACAGAAUAAAGUGCAGAGUGAAAGCAGCCCUAGUCCAGCAUUCUGUUCUCACAGUGGUCAUGCUCCUGGAAAGCCUGUAAGCAGGACCUGGGUGCCAGAGCACUCUUCCCUCCUGUGGUUUCCAGCAACUGGCAUUCGGAAGCAUACAGCCUUCAACUAUGGAGGCAGAGCAUAGACAUCAUGGCUAUUCGCCAUUGAACACAUUAUCCUCCAUGAAUUCAUCUAAUCCUCUUUUAAAGGCAUCCAAGUUAGUGGCCAUCACUGCCUCUUGUGGGAGUGAAUUCCGUCAUUUAACUAUGAGCUGUGUGAAGAAGUGCUCUCUUUUGUCUGUCCUGAAUCUUCCAGCAUUUGGCUUCAUUGGUUGUCCACGAGUUUUAGUGUUCUGAGAGAAGAGGGGGGAAUUUUUCUCUGUCCACUUUCUCCACACCAUGCAUAAUUUGAUACACCUCUACCAUGUCACCCCUUACUUGCCUUUACUCUAAACUAAAAAGCCCCAAACGCUGCAAUCUUUCCUCACAGGGGAGUCACUCCAUCCCCUUGAUCAUUCAUGUUGUACACCAGGGGAACCUCUGGCCCUAAUUAGGUCCAGUGGGGAUCCUAAUUGACCUCCAAGGCUGUUUUCCCCAAAUCACACUCACCUGCCUCAGACGUGACAUCAUAGAUGGGAGCAGGUACAGACAUGCCUGCAAAUGAACAACGGGGAGCUUCAAGUGUGCUCUUCAUUGUCCCAUGGCAAGCAGGGCCGCCUCUCAGCUCCAGUCAGCUGAUCUGCACUGACUGGGAUUGGCUGAACCUGAGAGAAAGAACAAGGACUCCCUUGUUGAGCCAACGGGGCUGUCCGCUUUGAUAGCUGAUGUGUGCUGCGAGUAGGGAUGGGUGAGAAUUUUGAUUCAGUUCACAUUUCAAGCAGAAUUUGCAAUUUCCGAAACAAUGUGAGAACCGAAACGCAGCCAUCCUUUGAAAUUCGCAUUUAUUGGAAUUUUGGGAUGCAGUUCGCCAACUAAACAUUUACAAAACUGCAUGCAUUAGGGGAAAGUGUGCAAAGAAUGAAUACAUGAGUGAAAAUAACCUGGGAAAAGACAUGAAUUGAUGAGAAAUGGCUUGCAAAAAUGUGUGCCUUUGUCAAAACUGCCUACAAAAAUGUGUUUGUUUUGAGAAAUUAGCACUAAAAUGGUGGAGAAUUUUCAUGAGGACUUUUUUUAAAAAAAAUUGCAGAAAUGUAGAGAACUGAAUUCAACCUUAGAAAAGUAGGGAACUGAGAGAAACAAAACUGACAGAUCUUUCCAUCCCUAGCUGAGAGCCAUCACUUUGAAGUGGUUUGAAUUCAGACUCCUUGCUCGCAGACUUCAAGGGGAAUAGCUUUCACUGCCCAUCCGCUAACCAGGCCUGAGAGCCCUCUGUCUGAAUACAAACCGCUUGCAAAGUGGAUUUCAGCAUGAGACACAUUGUAUAAAAUGCUCUGUGUUACCAUUCGUUCCAAUCUACCUCCCUCAUUCUCCCACAGUCUUGCUCUUCACACACAAUCAUGUGAGAUUUCGGUUCUAAAAAGCAAGAUAUCGACCUCUUAAGUUCCAUCCCACAGCACUGUAUGGGUCCCCUGUGGUUUUCUCACCUCUGAGAGCUCCUCCGGUGAUAUUACUCAGCCUCCUUUGGCUUCAAGAGAUCCCUGAGAACCUGACAGUAAGUCUUUUCCAUCGUCCUGUGACAGGCUGCAACUGGAGGGCAGGGAAAGAGGACCCAUAGACUAUGUGUUUCUUAUUUGUUGUGGGCACUUCCCAAAGAACAUAAUUCACUGACAGAGCACAUGCUUUGCGUUGCGGAGGAUCCCAGCUGGCAUCUCCAGUUAAAGGGUGGAGGUGAUAGGAAAACUUCCCUGCUGGCAACCUUGGAAAGUUGCUACCAGUCAGGAUAGACCGCUCUGGGCUAGACAGGCCAUUAAUCUAAACUGGAGUAAGGUAGCUUCUGAUGUCCUGAUCCAGCUCUGUUGCAAGGAUGCCCCCUUUUCCAGCCACUCAACCCACAGUAAUUUCCACGUGAUUGCUGGUGCUACGUGGGAUGCAGUUGCGUGAGCAUCGCAGUCACUCACUGGCUAAUGCCCAUGUUAUGUUGUGAAUUGUGGAGAUGAGUGGUCCAACUCUCUGCCUUUGAGAAGCCAUGACAGCUAAACUCAAGGCCAGCUCCAGGUUUCAGGAAGCCCUUGACAAACUGUCCUCUGAUGGGCCCCAUACAACAUCAGUGGACACUCUCCUGCAUCAGUAGAUCCAGGGCUAGCCCCAGAGGAAGGCAUCUUUGGGCAUCUGCUAAGGCCCCACACCCUUGAAAGAGACCCUCCAGGCUGUGUUGCUUCUUCUCCUCCUCUCACUUGCUGUGUUGUCACAGAGUGCUGCCUUAUGCUUACUCAAGCCAUUGGUCCAUCCAGCUCAGGAUUGUCUACACUGACUGGCAACAGCUCUCCAACGUUUCAUACUAGGGUCUCUCCCAAAACCUACCUGGAGAAGUCAGGGAUUGAACAUGGGACAUCUUGCAUGCCAAGCAGGUGCUCUACCACUGAGCUAUGGCCUACUUGCAUCAAAGGGUCACAUUCAGCACCCUUCUUCACAUGAACAUGCCUGGGCAAGAGCUGGUGUAGUGGCACACCUAAGUCUAUGAGCAUCAUCCCUGCUUCCAAUCUUGCCUUGACCAUGAAUGAUCAACCCAUCCACCAGCCACAGUAUGAGGGAAUAAUAAUGACUUAACUUGUUAUUCUACUCUGCUCAACCUUGGCCAGCCCAGCCUCCACUGAGAAGGACCGCCGCCCAUGGCGCACAAAUUUAUAUAGCACAACCUUUCCCCCUCCAGUCAUCGCAACGUACAGGUCCACCAUCUGCCCUACCCAUCAUAAUGAUAGGCAUUUUGCUGAUGUGUACAUAGGAUUUCUCACAGUGCUUGUUCAAUGGGUCUUCAGAAUCUGUUGUUUUGGGUUUGGUCCGCAGAAAAGCUUGUGUGUGUGUGUGUGUGUGCGUGCAUGCAUGCGUGCGUGCAUAUUCCUUGCAAUCGGAUUGCAGUGUUUAGUUAGGCUUGUUAAUAUGGAUUUUUGAAAACUGUUUAGUGAUGUUUGUACAGGUAAAUAAAAUGUUUCCCACAGAAAUGUGUGCAAAUGUGUUUCAAGGGAAAUGAAAGCAGGACAUGCUUAUAAGUGUCAUAAUACAAUGUUCUACAGCACUUUGAUUCAGUGCUGGCCUUGAGACAUGUUGGCUUCUGAAAGCAAAAAGUCAAAAAUGGCAACUUUCCCCUGCCUCCCCCCAUGCAUUUUUAAAACUGCAUAGAGUUGGCGGAUGGCGCUAUGUUGGGAUUGUCAAUGCAGCACCCAUGGGUGCAGGGAUGUCCUUGCUGUCUUCUCUUGGUACCUCUG